AUGCAGAGGGACAUGGAUGCUAGGCCAGAGUUUGGCCGCCUCUGCGAUCUCGCUACCGGAAGGAUCAGUUGGCAGGAAUAUCAGGGAGAGGCGGUCUCCAAAGGCUUCAUCACUGGAAUGUUGCUCCACAUCAUUGAGCGGGCCGAUAUUCUCUGCACGACCCCUUCGUUAUCGUGUGGCCGUCCUUAUAGACCUUGGAAGGAACGUGCUAGAGGCAUCGCAGUUGAUGAAGCGGGAAACAUAUCCCGGCCUGAUUUUUAUAGUGCUUGGGGUAACACUCUGCUGCCCUGCCUCAUAAGCGGUGAUGAGAAGCAGCUCCGCCCCCACGUCACCACGGCAUACGACCCUGACCCCAAUGAUGCUAUCAACCGGUUUGCUCAAGACGCUUUAAUAUCGCCGCUUGAAUUUUUUACGGCAUCGGGACGGCCAAUCUACCGUCUCCGCGUUCAGCUGCGAAUGGCCAGAGGCCUAUUCGACACGUGCCACCGCGAAAUAUAUAGCGACCUCCCAUUUACGUACGGUCUCCGCAGCAACCUUUGUGAUCACAGUAUUGGAGUCGAAUUAGAGACCUACAUGACUGGCAGAUUCCCCGGCCUGACCCCAUCACGUGUCAAUACGUUGAGUGAGGUCUUCGUUCAUUGCGAAGGGACCACCUGCGAGGUUGAUUCGAUGACCGGGGCGAAAAAGGACCCAGACCAGGUCAAGGACGCCCUAGAUCUGCUUUGCGAUUUUGUGCGAUCCAGAGGCAUCAACGCCUCUCGAUUAGCUAUUAUUACGCCAUAUAGGGCCAACGUGAAGCUUAUUGCCGACCAACGAAAGGCAGCCCGAUAUGCGCCCCUUUCAGCCAUGCGGCCCGCCGAGACUGUUGAUUCCAGUCAGGGCUGCGAAGCUGAUAUCGUCGUUGCUAUCCUAGGGACCACCGAGGCGGUCGGGCCGGGAUUCACGACCGAUGAGCACCGCUUCAACGUGAUGCUCAGCCGCCAGAAGAGCGGGCUGCUUAUUUUUGGCGACAUCAACGUGCUAGGACCAGUCGGCGUGCCACUCGGGGUAGGUUCUGAGCACUAUACAAAAGCCAGGAUGAUGCACAAAGUGUUACGCAACCUGCAUCAUCGCGGCCGUGUGGUGACCCUCCCCCCUAGGCGAGGUACAUAG